AUCAACCAUACGGUUAUAAAGAAUCUGUUGUCAAAGAAUCGUCUACCAAAAAGGAAGGGGAAGAAGAAUACAAAGGGAUGCAAGUAAACAUCACGCCAAAUUUCUUCACAGAAAAGGGUCUAUUAUCAUUAUCUAAACAAAUGAGUCCUGACACAAUGCUUUCAGUCUGGGUUCACAUGAAUAUCCCAGUAUCACAGUACGAAACAUUGCGACAGACAUAUGGAAAUACAACGUUAGGAAAUCUUAAAAUAUUGCAAACUGCACUUGAUCAACAAUCACAGAACAGCAAGUUACGUCUUAUUCUCGAGGCGCUGAAGGAAGCUGGAGAAGAAGAGCUUGCUGAGAAAGUGGAAUACUUACAUUCCAACAAACAGCCUUUGCACACAAUUUAAUCACAUUUAACAAAUCAACCAAUCAGCACAUGUGAAUUUCAAUGGAACAAAGAACGAUUUAUUAAAGAGAGAAACAAUUAUCAUUUGUGUCAACAAUUUGAAGAACAUUUUGUGUUCCAUUAUUUAGUGUAGAUAAUAGCCAUUACAUAUUCAAUUUAACUUAACCAAUGUUUGUUACGAC